AUGGCGCAGGAUCACAUCUCCGUCAUGGUGACCUUGGAUCCUCAAACGGAAGAGAAUGGCGCACUUCAAGUUUGCCCCGGUCGCUGGGUGAAAGGCCAAGUGGAACUCGCAGAGGGUGGGAUUAUCAAGGACCCCUCUGACAUGCAUUUUCACACAGUUCUUGCCGAGCCUGGGGAUAUCAUGUUCUUCACUGGCUACCUUCCGCACCGGAGCUUUGAGAACAAGACCACGCAGCAACGCCGCGCAGCCUUCUUGACGUACAAUCCGGCUUCGCAAGGAGACUGGCAUGAUGCUUAUUAUGCUGAGAAGCAAGCGGAAUCACAUGGAUUUAACAUGGCUGAGAAGCUGAGCUUCUCAGGAGGAGUUUUCCAAGGCAGGCUAACUGCCUAA